GCCCGCGAAGCGGCGGGAAGAGGCGUGGCCAGAAUGGGACCGGUGACGUAGCGGGACGGUUGAGCGAAAAGGGGGCGGAGUUAUAAGUAUUCGUUUUGAGCGCGCCAGAUUCGGAAAUGGACGUGGAGGCGAGUUUAACGGUUUUCGGCCCAGUUCGUCCCCCUCGACCGACUCCCGCGGCGGUAGGUCCGGCUGGCCGUGACGAGGCGCAGAUUCCUUUCUCUCAGGUGGAGGCGGUCGCCGCCGGAUGGAUGCUGGAUUUCGCUUGCCGCUGCCAGUGCCGCCAUUUUUGUCAGGGCAACCGGAGGGAAUUCGAGAACAGCCGAGACCAGGCGCUGAGUGAGUGACUGGCCCGGCUGGAGAGGGGGUGGCCUGCUGGUGGGGUCGGAGCUGCCGCUGCCGCCGCCGCCGCCCGCUUGACUGGUUCUGCCUCGAAAACACAGAAAGUGAAGCUUCUCCUCCCCUUCCUCGCGCCAGCAGAAAAAGCUCGCUCGCAAAUUACCGCACAACAAUAGCCUCUUCCGUGGGGGGGGGGGGAUUUACUCACACACAGAGAGAGUACGUGUGUGUGAGAGAAUAUUAGUUUAUUAGGAGGGACAAGAGGACACAAAUAGCAACUGCAAAGCCAGUAUGAAUGGUUCCAAGCAUGCCUCUGUUUUAUUUUCCCUUGAGGUGUCCCUGUACUUUUAGCAGUUGCAGUGUUAGCCCAGUUACAGGUACAAGACGUUGCAGGUACAGGUACAAGAUGUGAUAGCCCUGUAAAGCUGCAGCUUGCUGGCCACAUUCUAAAUGCAACCAACACAUCUGUAGCGGUACCUAAUGAAACUUUCCGCAUCCCACCAAUCUGAUUGCCCUGGAGAACAGCAAGUUCAGACUCCUGGGGAAUUUUCUGUGAGAGAAAAGGUUAUUUAGCGUUAAAUUUGUUAUCACAAGCGCAGGGUAUUAAAGGAAUAUAUUUUUUCCAAUUUUAUCCUCUCUAACAGUGUGGAAGGUUAGACUGAGAAAUAGCAACUGUCCCAAGGUCCCUCUGAAAUACAGUGGUACCUCGGAUUACAUACACUUCAGGUUACAUAUGCUUCAGGUUACAGACUCCGCUAACCCAGAAAUAGUACCCCGGGUUAAGAACUUUGCUUCAGGAUGAGAACAGAAAUCGCGCGGCGGUGGCACGGCAGCAGCAGGAGGCCCCAUUAGCUAAAGUGGUGCUUCAGGGUAAGAACAGUUUCAGGUUAAGGUGUACCACCUUUCCCAGGGCCCCCACCUCUGCAGAAGGGGAAAGGUGCUGAAAGCCUCAAUCUCAACAGGAAGUGAUUCUUCCUGCCCAGUUGAGAAAGCAAGGUCCAGAGUGUGGCCUACCACCUGCAUUGGCUGGUUGACGUGUUGGGCCCCUCGUCAUCAUGGCAGCUAUCUAGCCCAGAGCCAGCUCUUCCCAGUUCCUCUCUUCCCAGGCACAACCCAUGUCCCUUAAUUUAAACAACAAAACUCCCAAAUUUAAAAACACAAGUUAAAAGCAGUCAAAAAAACAAUUCCAGUGGUUUUAGAACAGAGACUUAUAAGGGAAUGCUUUUCCUUGAUGUUGUAACUACGGAAGAGAAACCGAAGCUUCCCUCUUAGAUUAACUUGGCAGAUUAGUAUGUUCUGUCUGAGAUAACCUAGUCAAAUAAUUAAUGAACACUAAAAAUACGGUAUCAAACUGUUGAGCAAUUGUAUCAUGUUUGCUGUUAUGUGCUGCAUUAUUUCUAAGACAAAUUUACAAAGACACAAUGCAUUUAUGACUUAAGUAACUACGUCAGACUGUCACACUGGGGGGAAAUUGGGUUGUUACCACCAUUCAACCUAAAAGUGUCCUGAAAUUUAUUUAUGCUGAAAAUUGGCCUGAAAAUCUGUUGAUCUCUGGCUCCCUCUAUGGUCAAAAUAACUCUAAAACUUAUUGUUGUUUAAUUGAAUGGAAAUAUGAAUCUCAUUGACAGAUUGACUAGUCAUAUUUUAGAAUGAGUGCAUCAGUGUAAGCCACUAAAUAAAAGUUGCCCUUGAAUGCUCCAGUCCUAAAUAAAAUUAUUUGAAAGAUAGUGCCAUUGAUUUCAGCACAGCUUCAUUUCAAGUAACUGUGCUUAAGAUACAGAAAAGGUUCCUGAUACUGAUAACCACACAGUGGCACUAUAGGAACAAAAUUCAUCUAAUCAUGUAUGCUCUUUCUUUCUCCAGCUAUUAUCAAAGGACUAAAUCAAAUAGAAACUCAUCAAAUGAAAACAGUGUGCCUUUGUCAGCUGUUGGCAUAUAUUGCAGAAGGAAAAUCACUUGGUAAAUAUUCUGCUAAAUUUCUUCAGUUUGCAUUGUAAUUCCUUUACAAUAUUUACAAUAUUCCUUUGCAACCCCAACUUACACUGGGUUUACAUUCCGAGGAUAGCACCUAAGGCCAAAGUAGUGUAUAGUCAAAACAUAUUGGUUCAAUGGUGGGUGGGAUUGCAAAAAAACCGCUUUUAAUGUUGUUGUUUUGUUUGUUUUUUUAAAAAGCCUAGUGCAUAAAGCUGAAUGUGCACAAAUUAAAUGUGCAUAAGUUGUAAGUUACCUGUACGGAUAAAUCAAAUGAGGCUUCUUUUGUUUAGUGCCAACAAUGCAUGCAGUGCUUCACAGAGUGGCAUAACAAAGCAACAAAAGUUGCUGUUUUCAGGAGCUUACAGUCUAAACUUGGACAUAGGGUUGGAAAGGAUGAGACUCAGAUAACAAAGGACAGUCAUGAAUGGUGUCUAAAAGUUUUGUUUGGUCUUGAUAGAAAGUUGUUAUUUGUGAUCCCUUGCACAAGUCACUGGGGAAAGUUAAAAGCAAUAAGAGGCUGUUGUUGCUCUUGACCAGGGGUAGGCAGUCUAAGGCCCAGGGGCCGGAUACGGCCCAAUCACUUUCUCAAUCUGUGGACAGUCCAGGAAUCAGUGUGUUUUUACAUGAGUAGAAUGUGUCCUUUUAUUUAAAAGGCAUCUCUGGGUUAUUUGUGGGGCAUAGGAAUUCGUUCAUUCCCCCCCCCCCCAAAUAUAGUCCAGAGAAGGAUUCUGCUCGUUCCCUGAGACUACAUUUGUCUGCCUUUGUUCUGGGCUUUGGAGCCACUCAGAAGCAGCAAAUAAUGUGCUACCACUUCAAGAUGCCACCUGGUGCCGAAUGAGAAGCUGUACCCUGAAUACUCUUCUAUUUCUUUCCAUCUUCUUGAAGUCAUGGUUCUUUGUAUCUCAAUCUCAAAUGCAUAGGUCCUGAGAAUAUCCAAGAGGGGGUCUUCCUAGUUUGACAGAGCAGUUCCAUUCAUACUCUUUGGCUGGGUGUCUGCAGUGACAAUAUUAUUCAUGCCUAGAAGCUGAGCCACGCCAGAAUUAACAGCCUCAGUGUGGAUGUUGAAUUCCCCCAGAACUAAUGGUAUAGGAGUCUUCAACACCACCUCUAAUAUCUUCUCUGUCAGCUCAGGCACUGGGAUUGAUGGGCAGUGCAGCAGAUAGCAAACCAAAAGAAUAUCUCAUCUGUCCUGAUUACCUAGCACCAGGUAAAACACUCUAGAUCCCCAUUCUAGUGAUCAGGAAGUCUGAAGAAGGGAGAAGAAGGAAGUCUGAAGAUAUUUCCUACAGACCACAGCAAUUUCCCCUCCAUGACUCUCUAGUCUGCCCUGAGUUAUUGCCUUUACUACCCUACAUUUGGUUGAUAGAACAAAAACUGGUCACAUUUAAUUCUGUAAGGGUCAAACAAGGAGGCUUAACAAACGGCAAGGGGCACCUAAAACCAUCAGCUGUGGAGGCAUAUGAUGAUUGGUAAAUUUUAGUGUCCUUUUUGUGUGUGUCUUCUUUAUGAAAUACACUAUUUGCCCUUCUCAAUUUAUUUCCUUUUAAGGUUUUCAUUUGGGGGAUGAUGAAGACUCUUCACCACUGGAAAAAGCCCUGUUAAUCUGGACUUCAUUUUUAAAAACACAAAGCAAACAAGAUAAGCUGCAUGAAGACAUCAAGCGGUUAAUUCAGAUUCAGGUCUGUCUGUAGAUCCAUGCAGCCAUAUUUGCUUGAAUGUGCCAUGGAAAUAAGUCAGAGCAUCACUCAUUUAAAUUUCUUCAUGGACUAUCAUUGACCUGUCCAAGCAAGACCAUAGGAUUGAGUCUUAGGAAAGACCAUUAACAAAGACUGGUCAUGUAACAUUCAGCUGCAGAAGUAGCUUUGCUCCCAUACAGUAUUACAAAUUUUUGUGUAAUUGUGACACCUCUUAAUCAAUCCAGAAUGUAUUCUUUCUUUGUAGGCUGUAGCAGUGUAUAUGGAAAAAGGAUAUUUUACAGAGUCUGCAGAAGUCCUCGAAAGAAUAUUUCCGGAAUCUCUCUCAAAUGAGGUAAUACUGAAUUUUCAAUAUUUUUGAGUCCAGAAGCUUGAUUACUCCAGACAGUUUGGUCUGGAACAAAUUAAAAACGUAGCAGGUGCCUAUAAAUGAGCAAUAUGCAAAUUUACCAAGCUAAUUGCUUGUUUGUCAAAUUAUAUAUUGCAUUACUGUGUAGAAUAGGGUUACAAAAGAGAUACGAAAAAUAACAUCAGUUUAAAUUAAGGAGAAAAUCAGAAAAUGCCUAGGAGUUUUUAAUGUUUGAUGUUUUACUGUGGUUUUAUAAUUCUUUGGAAGCCACCCAGAGUGGCUGGGGAAACCCAGUCAGAUGAACAGCAUAUAAAUAAAAUUAGUAGUAGUAGUAGUAGUAACUUCAAAAUAAGCAAGGCAGAUUUGCUUCAUCCUUGCUCCUUUUCCCUCAUCUGCAUGGCAGAAAGCAUGCGGGGUAGGGUUCCAUAUUUUCCCAAGCCAAGCUGCUGACAAGAAGACAUUGCUCUUGCUCAUCAAAGAUCUUGACUAAUGAGAAUCAAGUUCCCUAUAUUGAAUAGGAUAGCCACUCUGCAUUUUGCCAUCUGUAACUAUAUGGAGAAGUAUUGAAAAUUUCUUCUUAGCAAACAAGUCUAUAGAGCAAAAUAUUCUUUUAGAUUGAAAAUGCUAGAUAAAAGAAAGGUAAUUUGUGCAGCAGUGAUGUGAUUUGUACCAGGAUAACAAAUGGACCGAACCUACCUGUACUGAACUUCUUGAAUCUUGGCUCAUAAAGGUGCAUAUCCUUAGUAAGAUACAAUACAAUGUAACCCUGAUCAUAUAUAUAUAUAUUAAUUUUUGAUUUUUUAAUUUAUUUGCAUUUAGCCUUUGCGAAUGAAGCUGGCUGCAAUAGUAAAACAGAAAGAUCCAUAUCAUCCAUUUCUCCGAAAUUUCAGUUUCAGUCUUUUGAUUCAGAACAUCAAAUCAUACAUCAGUAUUUUCUUGAGUGAAAAAUCUGAUUUUCUAACGCAGGUAUGUUGAAGCAAUGGGAAAUCUCACUUCACAUGAAUAUCACUUUAUGGAAAAUUAAACAAAUACUAAAAACAGAAAAAAAUUGGCUUACAUCUUUUAAAGACAAAGCAAAAUAUAAACCUGGUUUGAAAAAUUCCAAUUUAUGUGUACAGUGGACCCUCUAGUUGAAUACCACUCUAGAUACUUAACUUUUGGGUUACGAAUGCAGCAAAUCCAGAAGUGUAUACUUCUGGGUUUCGCCGCAUGCGCAGAAACUCUCAAUCACACCAUGCACGUGCACAGAAGUGGCGCCUCUGCCUGAGGACUUUUCAGGUUGCGGAUGGACCCCCAGAACAAAUUUAAUUCGUAUCCAGAGGGUCCACUGUACCUGUCAUUUAAGUUGUAGAUGAGUGAACGUUAAUCAUUGAAAUUUGUUCUUAACAUUGUAGUGUAGUUUUACUCCCCCCACCCCCCAAGAAAUGGAUAUAGUAUUUCUAAGAACAAUGCACUACUUUUUGUUUCUGGUUACCGUAUUUUUCGCUCUAUAGGACGCACUUUUUCCCCUUCAAAAAUGAAGGGGAAAUGUGUGUGCGUCCUAUGGAGCGAAGACGCCAUAGCCCCGCGACCCUCUCCCGGCUGGAGAGGUGACGCGCGGCUAUGGCAGGAGCCUCUCCGCUGCGCCUUUCCGCUGCUCCCUGACCUGCUCUUUGGGGCUGGUGGGGGGAAGCCCACCACCAGCCCCAAAGAGCAGGUCAGAUGGAACCUGGAGCCUGGAAAGCGAGAGGGGUCAGUGCACACCGACCCUCUCGCUCUCCAGGCUUCCAAGGUAGCCGCCUGAACGCACCUUAAACAGCACCUUGUUUUAGAGCGGGAAAACAAGAGGGAAAGUUCUCCCCCUCUCUGCGCAGCGCCUCCUGCCACUUCGCUGAAGGGGCGCUGGGCAGAGAGGGGGAGAAUUUUUUUUCCUUGUUCUCCCCCCUCUAAAACAAAGUGUGUCCUAUUGUCCGGUGCGUCCUAUGGUGCGAAAAAUAUGUUAAUUAAAGUGGCAUUUCUGCUCUGUUUUACAGGAAGCUAUGAAAGAAGUGGAAGCUAGAAGUUCAGGAAAAAUAAUGUUACAAUUGCAAUGUAACAGUGUAACUGAAUCAAAGAACGAAAGCUGCUUGGAAACCAAACAAAGGUUAGUAUCACUUUAAAGUAAGUACAUAUUGAACAUGGUUCUUGUUACUACAGCUUUAUUAUAGCAAGGGUAGUGUAGGUGCGAGCAGGGAUUUAUUCCUUUUUGUUUGUGUGAAACCAUAUUUUCCUUAGCUCAAGACUACAUUAUGUCAUGUUUUUAUCAUAGUAAAGUUUAGCAAGUAGAGGCAUAAGCUGGAAAAGCACUAGCUAUCUAGUAAGACAUUAGGGUUUCUGUAUAGCAUCUCCAUCUCAAAAACAUUGUAUGUGUUCAUGUUUAUAAAUACAACUACACUGAGAGAAGCUUUUUCUUGCUCUGCCAAUGGGCACUGUAAAUUGGAGGUGCCCCACAGAUGCACAAUAACUAUAUCUAUCUGUCCUUAUUCACUUUUCCCUACUACCCAGGAUGGUGUUGCACCCAAGAGUGGUUGGCAGUGAUGCAACUUUCCUUGGAACCCUAACCUGGGAGCUUCCUGAAAUAGACCUGGGGUGGGGUGAAUGCAGGGAGAGUCAGCAUCAGGCAGCAUGGCUGAAGAUGUUAAGGCACUACAGAAUGGCAAAAGUAGCAGUAUUGGCCAAACAGAACUUUAAAACCCAGAUUCCUACUCAGUAGUAGUAAAAUUGGGUACAGUAUUUACUUCCACAGCAUCACGUGUCCCUAUAUAAUAUGAAGAAUGCAGCUGAAAUAUAGUGUUAUAGAAGUUUACUUAUAUUAAAAGGGAUUCUGAAGUUUGAGAGAGAUGGUGACAGAUUUUCUAUAUGCAGGAUAAAAUGUUGGUAGAGUAUCCUAAUUUGAUACAAAGCAAAAUAUUAUUUGGACGUCCACUUCAUCACUGCCUAUGUUUGGGGCCUCCCAAGAGGAAUGUAUUUUGUAGCAUGAGGCACUAAGCUUUGUGGAAUGUGGCCAAAGUUAUAUUGAUUUUGUUCUUAAUUCUGAUCUCACCCUUCCCUCAAAUAAACUCCAUUCAGCAAAGAAAAAUCACUGGAAAAAUAUAUUCUAGCAUGAAUUCAAAAUAGUUAAGGCUUGAAAUUUAUGUAUGUUUCAUUCCUUUAUAGCUCAAAUAGACAAACUUGUUCAUUAGCUAGCCAAGUACCUUGGGAUUCAUGGCAACUACAGACUCCCCAGAGAAAAAUAAGGAGAAAAGGAAGUGCUCUUCAAAGUAAGUGCUGCAAUCCUUUCAGUGUGUAUGAACUCCAUUUUAAUUUUGGUGGAUAAAUAAUUGAAAUACUGCUAUAAGUUUUUAAAUCCAAGAAAACUGCAUAUAAUUACUGUGCAUUCAUACUUGGAUCACAGCCUUAAACUAUUUUUGGUACCAACUAUUUAGGACUUGCCGUGGUUCUGGUCCUACUUGGAUGUUAACAUCUACAUGAAAUUGCUGGGUGGGGUUAUCUGGGGGAGGCACAUUCACAACCCGCAGCGUUCGCAACCCGAGGUAUGACUGUACGUUGUCAGCAAUAUGCUGCUGACACGCAUCUGCAGGUGUGGCAGUUCAUGUGCUGGACCAUUGCCUUACCUUGGUAAUGGACUGGAAGAGAGCCAACAAGCUGAAGCUCAAUCGAGAUAAGACUGAGGAACUGUUAGUGGGUGGUUCCCUAACCAGGCCUUUGGCCUUUUAACUAUCUGUUGCCUUUUAGAAGUGGGUAGGAUGUUUUUGUUUUUCUUAAUACCUCUUGCUUUGUUUGUUUUUGUGUGUGUUAUCUGUCUGGUUAGUUGGUUGCAAGUCACUUUGGGUUGCCCUGGGCUAUUGCUAAAUUGCAAGUAAACCGUGCAUAUAUGGCUCUCCACACAACUAAAUUAUUGGCAAGCUUUCUUGUCACCCUAGUUCUUAUCUCUUAUUAGUUGAUGUAGUUGUACAUACUAUCUUAUAGAAGCAACAAAGCUGUACCCACAGAAUUAACUGCUAUUUAAAUUAUCUUCCACUGUUUUGCAAUAAAUUUGUAUUAAGAAAAUUUCUGAGUAUUAGGCCGUUAAUAAUACAUUGUAGUUGAAAGAUUCAAAAUAUUUAUUUUGUUUUUUACCUGAACUAGACAAGAGGGAGCUGCAUGAUCCUGAAAAUGGUCAAGAAGAUACUUUAUCUCUGUCAACAAGUUUUAAGAGACAGGUAUGAAUUGGGGAAGGGUUAUAAAAUGCAGACCAUGUCCUUAGAAGGGCCCAUUGAAUCCAGUUUCAUGCUGUCACAGUGGCCAAUCUAUGCCUAUGAGAAGCCCACAACAUCACUCUCCAAUCUUGUGAUUCCCAGAAAUUGCUAUUUAGAUACUGCCUUUGAGAUUGGAAUGUAGCCAUCUCAGCUACCCAUUGAUUGUUGUGCCCUCCAUGAAGAUGAAGGUGCCCCUACUUGCGCAGAAACUCCUUUCCAGAGUUGACAAGUGACAUCACAGCUUGGCAGGAGAGGGUCUUGGCCUAGCAAGCUUGGGAAGCCAGCAAUCCCAGACUUAAAAUACUGUGUUCAGUGUGGACAAUUUCAGGUUCUCCCUAAAAUAAGUAGAUACAUUGCUUUUCUUCACAAUCUUUGUUAUUGAAAUAAUCUCAGAGCUCAAAGCAGCUCUUUUGAGUAUUUCAAACAAGCUGAACCUACCCAUUUCAAUAGUGACGGAUGUUUAUAGAAGAUUUUACAUGAAAGAACACUGUGAAUGUUCAAAAGGCUGUUGACUUUUUACAACUCUCUGAGUGGUUACUCUGUUCAAUGUUGCCAUUGUUCAAUUCUCCCAUAGGCAAAGUGAAUGUUGUAACAGUGUCUUCUGUUAAUCAUUGCACUAUUUUUUAGUUAGCUUGCAUACAUGGGUCUAUAUAUUUUUACAAUUUUGCAGCUAAAAAUAGAAUUCAGAAAGUCACUUUCAGUUGGCAAGUGAAUGUUGUGCCCUGCUUGAUUGGUUGGAAGAUAUACAUUUUUAUCUCAAAGGAGUUUCUGCCUUCUAAAAAUAUGAUGAAGAAAAAUCAGUCACGCUAGAGAUGGUCAUUAGGCUGAUAGUCAUUUUAUUAAAAAAAAAAAACCCUAGAUUUGAAGCUUGCUAAAAUAGUUUCUAGACUAGCUUUCCAUCAAAACAAGUCCCUUAUUUAAAUCCAGUUUUUCUUCCAUAAAAACAUUGGAUUUAUUGACCUUGUCCCUAGUGGGAACAAUUCCUGAAAUGCUACACUUCUGUAGGCUACAAGUAUGCAGAAGAUUUAACUCCUUCAGUCCUAAAAAAUCAUAAUGGUAAGAACUGAAGGUUUCCUUCACAGCUUGUUAGCUCAACAGUAGAGGAAAAUAUUUUGAAGUGUGUUGUGCAUAUUUGAGUAUCACAAUGUUUUGUUUUGUUUUGUUUUUUAAAGCGAUGGAGUUGGGAAGAAGACGAGAAAUUGAAAAAGGGUGUACAGGAGUUUGGAGUAGGAAAGUGGACUAAAAUUCUUCUACAUUAUGACUUCAAUCAUCGGACUAAUGUAAUGUUGAAAGACAGAUGGAGGACUUUGGUCAGACUAAACAUGGUUUAAGCUGUCAUCCCAAAUAUUUUCAUUUUACUCCACUCUUCCCUAUACUGCAUUUCUGAUCUUGUCAGGUGAUUCCUUUAUGUAGUUUACAGCAGACCAGUGAAAACCAUUUUGGUGUAAGUAUGUUUAACACAAAAAAUUCUAGUGUAUUUUAUUAAAUAGUCUUGUUGCUUAAGCUGGUUUUUGAAAAGGUAGUGUAUCUGGUUAUCAGGCAAAUAAAAUGAUUUGCAUUGAAUCAUUAUGAUAAUUUAUCUUUUACCCUUGAGAGCUUGAUAAGAAAUUCAAACCUAUCUUCUGCACAGUUGCAUAAAAGUUGCUACAAGCAAUUAAAACAGAAAACCCCAGAUGGUCAGAAGCAUUCACAUGAUGAGGAGCCACACAUUAGUAGUUGUCUCAUGUGAGGAGCUACUUAUCUAUAAAGAUUAGCUGUACUGUGAAGCUGCAUCAAACAGCUUCCCUAUUCAGGCGUUCAUGUGAAGCAGGCAGUCUCCAACCAUUUCUUUUGUGUGUGCACCUUCUAAGGAACCUAUAAUAUUUGUCUGAUGUUGAAUAUGCCUGGAAUUCCAGUAUCUAUCCCAGGAACUUCCUUUUGAAUGGUGAUUAUUGUCUUUUGUACUGGAUAAAACAAACUGGGAAUCACUAGCCUGCUAUUAAAAUGGAUAGGGGCAAGUGAUUCUGGAUUGCCUCAUUUUCAGUGGGGCUUCCACAAUGAUCAUCAUCUGCAGACACAAGAUGCCUAUCAUAACUUACAAUAAUUAGCUUAGUUUUUAUUCAGUGCAGCAAAAGACUGUGAUUUCAAAAUGUUGACUUGUCACUUGUUAAAAAGCAAUGUCUAAUAGGGUUACAGAAGUCCAACAGUAGAAGAGUUUCCUCAGUUCAGUAAAAUAUUAAAGGUUAUGUGUUCAAACUGUUACGUAAAAAUAAAACUAUGUACAAGAGGGCAUGAACAUUCUUCCAGCUGCUGAACUUUUUUCCAUGUUCCAUGGCAGGAGGGAUUGCCAACCGCUUGCCAGUGAAGAACUUUAUUCCUAAAAAGAGAACAUAUGCAUAAACAUCAUCCCAUGGGGAGUGGAUAUAAAUACAUGGCAUUUUAACUUCCUGUUUAAACUUACUGAGCAUGCUGUAAAGAGCUACUUCACUGUUCAAUAAUUUGUAGCAUCUGCAAAAUGAAUUUUAUUACUUUUUUGUAUGGCAGCUAACAGCAUAUGCUCUCGGGUUGGUUCACAAAAAAAUAAACAUAAUGUAUAAAUCAACACAUCAAACUUUAAUACUGCUUUUUAUGGCAGAUAUGCAAUAAAACAUAAAAUUGAAAAGCCCAGAUUAGAAACAUUUUUUUAAUCUUCACCUUCUGUCAAUAUAGUUUCACCACAGAUAAGAGACUUUCCCUAGCAACCAGCCACCUCACUUUAUUUGGCCAAAGAAGUUGUAACAGGGUCUCCAGUGAUCUUGGGGAUCAGGUAAGUAUAUAUGUAAGAAAGUAUUUUAAAUAACCUGGCCCUUUGAGUCCAUAGCAAUGCAACAUUUUCAGUGUCUAUACAAAAGCAACUUGCAUUUACUGUGUCAUCAUAUUGCAGUAACCUUCUUUCUUAAGUACACUGAUUUUAUAGCAGGGGUUCUGCAGAUGUUGAACUCCCAACAACCAUCAGCCCAAGCCAGCAUGGUCAAUGGUUACGUAUUAUGGGAGUCACAGUCAAGCAACACCUGGAGGGCUACAGGUAAGCCAUCUGUGUUUAAUAGCAACUUUGACUUUACUGUAUCAGUUUACUUGUUGAACUGAUAGGAGCUAUUCAUAAUAACUGUCCAUCAAUGAAGAAAGUUAUGCAUUGAUUCUGCUAUGGUAGGUGUAAGCUGAGUUCUGUGUGAAUUAGCCUAUAUUUUCUAUAACAUGGCUGCCAAGGUCUUUUGAUGCAUUCAUGGAGGCAGAAGUUAAAAGCAGCAAGGUGGUAGCACUCACUACAGUAGGACCAAGAAAAUAAUUGACUUAAGGACUCUGCUUACUGAGCCUGCAGGGUCUAGGCCCCACCUGUAUUGCAACUCAUUGGAGUACAAUUUGCAUCCCUGUUUUUUGUAUGGAAAAAGAAAUGUGCCUUUAGCUACUUUGCAUGACUAAUUUAACCCCACUUUUGUUAGAAAGGGAUGUGAAGUAAAAGAGAAGAUUUUUAAGACAGCUGAACAACCACUUGGAGAAAAGGAGGGAUGUCAUCUAUUAGUUUUGACAGUUAAGAGGGGAAGAAGGAAAGGGGGCAAUUGGAAAAAAAGACAUUAUUAAAGAGGACAUCCUCUUCAGGCUCUGGGGAGGGUCUCCUUGUGAGCCAACUAUCGAAUGAAGUCUCAAAACUAUUAUGUUUUCUGUUGGAACUCAAACUUUGUAUUUUUAAACAGUAAUUUAAAUGCAGGAAAUGGUGUUUGAAGCCUGGAUAUCAAGCAAUUGCUGCUUUAGCCUAAACUGAGACCCCUAUACAUUAAAAGAUCUCACUUUUGAAUGAGGGUGGGGAUCAAAAUGACCCAGUUCAAUAGGAAUAGGAAAGUUCCUAUUCUGCGUUCACAUGAACAAAAUAGAGAAAUGUUCUUGGUCUUGCACUUGUGUACCUUACUAAUACUGUACAGAGGAGUGCCCAUACAGUAGUGAUCUGAAGCAGUACAAGUUACUUUAAAAUGUUCUCUGUGUCAGCAAUCUACUCUUUAAAAACUGUUCAAUAUAACGUAUAAGUUAAAAUCUUUGUUGUGCUGAUGGUAGGACUUCAGAAAUGAGAUUCAAUUGCUUACCCAUCUGCAUCACCACCAUCUCCAAAACAGCGAUGACUGCUAGUGUGCAUUGCAGGAGGCUGGCAGGUUACACACACCGUAAAUCCUUCUCUGAUGUACUGCAUCCAUUGAGCAUAUGGGCGAUUCUCCAUAGAGCAACGAGGAGACAAUGUUUCUGUUUUAAAUUCCACACAAUAGCUCCUUAAGAGAAGAAAUUUUGGUUAAUGCGUUGCAUUAUACAUUUAAUAGACUAUAGCAUAACUAUUACCUGCAACUGCAGUAAAAGGUAAGCCAAAAUAUGUUGUCCACUGUGUCUGUAUGAACUGAUGAUAGCUGAACAUAAACAUUACUGUCUAUCAGCUACAGCCAUGUUAUGUUCACAGCCAGCAAACUGACCUGGGCAGACAAUAUUUUUAAACUUUAUUUUAAUACAAUGGUUCCACAAGGUUAGCUAUGCUGAUGUUGGGUGUUUUAAAUUACAGGAUCUUGAGAAUGAUCCUGUAUUUUGAGACAAUGCAGAUAGAAUUGGGAAAAUAUCUGAGUAAUUAACUUAAUAUUGCUACCACUGGGAGUGGGUUACAGAACAGAUAAAAAAAAAAUCUUAAAUAAGGCAGGUUAGUUGAAAUAAAGCCCCAUUUAUAGGUGAAGUUGUAGCAGGGAGUGAGUUAUCCAUGAAAUACAUGUUGC